AUGUAAAGUGGAUAAAUUAUCAACGUCAAAAACGAAUAAAACAGUUUUGGGAGGAAUCCGACAAACAAAUGCUAAUUUUUCAGUGCAAUGCUACUGCUGUAAAUACUGAGUAUAUUAAGCUGGCGAAACUCAUCGUUGAGCAAUCUCAAAACGAAUUUUUGAGAAAAAAUCCAUAUAUUGCAAAAUAUAUUU